UUUUAAUCAUUCAAAUAAUUUUAUGAAAUGGUUUUUUUUAACCUUUGCCUAUACCAAUUUAAUCCUUUUAUUUUUCAUUCUAUUUAUUUUGUUUUUUUAACAUUUGGUGUAGUUUUGACUUUGGGUCUUUGACACUGAAGGGGGUCAAGGGUUUUGAGACUCAGAAAGAAAAGAAAAAAUAAAUUUGAGUAAAAAUAUUUUUAAUUUAAAUUAACAGUAUCUCUAAUUAUAACAUGUGAAUUUUAUCUUUAAUAUACUCAUGAUGUACAUUCUAAUAAGAUAAAAUAAAAAUAAAAAGUGAAAAACAAAGUCUUUGAACUAAAUGGUUGACAUGUACACCAUGACACUAAUCAAUGCUAAAAUCUCUCUCUUCAUUGAUAAAGCUUCCGUCUCUUCUUCAUAUACCUAUACAAUAUACAUAUAUGCAAUCAACGUGAUCGAACCGAUACCGUUCUCUGAUAUUAUUUUCUUCCCCCACAUUGUUUCUCUCUCUAUAGUCAACAUGCAGAUGUUGAAGAAACCAAGUUGAUUUCAAAUCGAUGCAUAGACGCAGUCGAGACUCUGAAAAACCGAGUACCCAUUUUUUUUUUUUGGGCUGAAAGCAGAGUACAUAGAGAGAAUGAAGAACGACGAGCAAACUUGGUUUCUAUUUGGAAUCUCUCUCUCUGACAGACCCAAAUGGCAGCAAUUUCUCAUCUGUUCUUCUGGGUUUUUCUUUGGGUAUCUCGUCAAUGGCAUAUGUGAGGAAUAUGUGUACAAUAGGCUCCAAUUCAGCUAUGGUUGGUACUUCACAUUUGUUCAAGGGUUGGUCUAUCUUUUUCUAAUUUACUUUGUACAAGGCUUCACCACCAAGCAGAUGGUGAACCCAUGGAAGACUUAUGUGAAGCUCUCCGUCGUGCUUAUGGGUUCGCAUGGACUUACCAAAGGGUCUUUGGCUUUUCUUAAUUACCCGGCACAGCUCAUGUUCAAGUCCACCAAGGUUCUGCCAGUGAUGAUAAUGGGUGCAUUCAUACCUGGCUUGAGACGGAAGUACCCUCCUCACGAGUAUAUUUCUGCUGUGCUUCUUGUUGUGGGUUUGAUUCUUUUCACUUUAGCGGAUGCACAAACUUCGCCAAACUUUAGUCUUAUUGGUGUUGUGAUGGUGUCCGGUGCUCUAGUGAUGGACUCCUUUUUGGGUAAUUUGCAAGAAGCAAUCUUUACUUUGAAUCCUGAAACAACACAGACGGAGAUGCUCUUUUGCUCCACUGUGGUUGGUCUCCCUUUCUUGAUUCCGCCCAUGCUUUUCACGGGAGAAUUAUUCAAAGCAUGGAAUUCAUGUUCUCAGCAUCUUUAUGUAUACGGCGUGUUGGUCUUUGAAGCAAUGGCCACAUUCAUUGGCCAAGCUUCUGUCCUUUCCCUCGUUGCCAUUUUUGGUGCUGCCACCACCGCCAUGGUGACAACGGCAAGAAAGGCGGUAACAUUACUGUUAUCUUACAUGAUAUUUACAAAGCCAUUAACUGAGCAGCACGGGAGCGGACUCCUGUUGAUAUCCAUGGGGAUCAUAUUGAAGCUUUUGCCCGAGAACAAACCCCCCAAAAGGGCGGGUGCCUCAUUUUCCACGGCCAGGAUUGAAAAACCUUCUUACGGUGAAGAAAAUAGGACUCGUGUGGUAAAUGAAGAAGAAGAGAAAAGGUCUUUGGUCUGACAAUAAUCUAUGCUUUAAUCUGUGAUUUCUUAUUUCUUCAUCCAGUUUAUGACCUUUAAAUGGUAUUAGAUAGUAUAAAAAAUAAGAUGUUUGCAGGGUUCUUGUCCUCUUGGUUUGUGGCUUUUUAUUUCAGAAAGAAACUGACAUUGCAAGUUUGGGUUAAGGUGUAUAAAUUUACUGCAUAUUUGUAGUGGUCUCACUAAUUUGAACUUCACAAUGAAAUCAAAGUUGAA